UGAUGUUUCCUUCCUAUGAUGAUAUGUAAAACAGAGAAAAGAUUGAGGAGUAAUACGUUCUAGAUCCUAUUCCUUAAGAAUAGGAAGACAAACCAAUCCACUAAAAUCCAGCUAAUAAUGGGAAAACUUAUCAAUAAUUGUUUGAAAUAGUUUAACGAUUAAAUGACAUUAACUGGGUGGAACCAUCAUCAAAAAUCACUCCUAUCAAGUACUUGACUCCAAUUACUUACUGGUUUAUUAUAUGUUCCCAAUACUUUCAAAACAAUGUUGAUCCUAAAAUCAUAAAGUACUCAAUAAUAUUUACUCUUUAGAAUCAAUUAAGAAUGUCACCAAAUUCAAGAAGAAACUGCUCGUCCAUACACUUAUUUUGAUGAUUGGUUCAUUAUGGAGAUGAGAAACAUAGUAAACUAUAAUCUAAGAUAGAUGGUUAAAAGAAUUAUCACCCAAAAAUGAUUUGGAAUUAUUGUAGACAGAAUUAGAACAACAAUUACUUGAUACCUAACUCCAAGUCAAUACUCAAAUAGAUGCAAUACAAAUAGAAAAGUCUACUUUGAAUAUCUAAAAUCCUCCAGAUUACAUUCUCAAAGAUCUAGUUGGCCUAACUGAUAUUGAAAAUCAAUAUUUAACAUAUCUUGAAAGUUAAUAAAAGUAAUCUAAUAAUAAUAUAUAUAUUUUAGAUACUAUGAUGAAUAAAUUAUAAAUUAAACUAAAUCAUCUAAUUUAGCAGGAACAGCUAGAAAAUUAUAAAAUGUUUAUAAUAAUUGUUAGAUUUGUAAUCAAGGGGUUAGAUCUGAAGAUCCUUUGAUUUCUUGUUAAAAAUGUUAAAUUGUAGUUCAUUAAAAGUGUUAUGGUUUAGAAAAUGCAGUUAACAAUUGGAUUUGUGAUGUUUGUUUGAAUUUUGGUAAUAAAGGGAGAUAUUUAAAAUGUCCUCUCUGUCCAAAAUUAGGAGGAGCUAUGAGACCUACUUCAAUGUCAAUGAAAGAUUCUAUAUUUGAAUUAAUCAAUCCUACUUUUCAUACAUAUGCUAUCAAUUAUAAAGUUGAUAGAUAAAGUAAUUAAUUUAUUUAUUUUAGAACCUCCUCCAGAUGGUGAAGAAAAUUACAAUUUUAUGAUACUUUAAUAUCAACUUGAAAAUAUGUCUGAUGAACCACCAAAAGCUGAAAAGAUUUGGACUCAUGUUUCUUGUUCACUAUGGUUAGAUUUUGAUUUAGUGAAGGUGGAUAAAAGGAAAUUUAAUAGUUUAUGUAGUAUAUGUAAAUAGAAGAAAAAUGGAGCAUGUGUAUCCUGUUCAAAAUCUAAAUGUACUAUAUCAUUUCAUCCUGAAUGUGCUAGAAGAUCAUAAAUUUAUAUGGAAUCAGAUAAUAUUUAUUGUUUUAAACAUUAACCUUUAAAAAUCAAGAGAAUAUUUGAGGAUUAACAUAAUUAAUGGAAGGAAGAGAUUUAUUCAUUUUUUAAAUAAUAUGAAAAAUUAGAAUAAUUAUUAGCUCAUAGACCUAAAAAUAAUGAUAUUGAAUUUUAGAAAUUUGAAUUAAAAGCAUAAUAAGAAGAAAUUGAAGCAGAUAUUAAAUAAGAAAAUGAAUUAUUAUUUUAAAGAAUAGCUGAAAUACUAGAAAAAGAUGAAAAAUUCAUUAUAACUUUCUAAUAAAAUUAAGUUGUAGAUAUUUAAUUACCUUUAAAGAGAUAAUCUAUAUAUGAUAUUGAAGAAAAUGAUAGAAUUUGGUAAUAAUUGGCUAAUGAAAAAUGUUCAUCUGAAUAGGUUUAUAUUCUAUAUCAGAGAGCAAUUAGAAUGAGAAAAAAGAAAAAGUAAGGAAAUGCAAUAAUAUAAUUGUAAAUGCCUUCAAUAUAGGAAUUACCUAAUAGAAAUAGACAUUCAAUAUAUUCUAGACCAAAAUUCUUUAAAUAUCAUAAAAAAUAAAAAUAAAAUGGAGUAUCUAAUAAUAAUAUAUCUCUAAAAAUAAAAAUACCAAAAGAAGCUAUCAAUAUUUAAUAAUAAUAUUGUAUAUGCAAAUAAUAAAAUGAUGAAGAAAUGAUGUGUAUUAUAUUUAUUUAUUAUUUUAGAAUGUGAAAUUUGUUCAGAAUGGUAUCAUCUUAAAUGUUUAGGAUUUUUGAGUUCUCUUGAAGAUGCAUAGAAUUUGUAUUUUUAUUGUUUUAGAUGCGAAUAGAAAUUAAAUAGAGAAUAAACAAAAUAUAUCAAAAGAUAUAAAUAAUAUUUUAUAGAUGCUACAUUUCGAGAUUUAAAAUUGAAAAUAGGAAUGUCACCACAUGAGUUAAGAGCUCAUGAAAAAAAGAAUUAUAAAUAGUUGUCUAAAUGA